ACUUUGAUAGCCAAUCGUCUAUAUAUGCGCUUAUGCGCAUUAUGCGGUUAUCACAAAAUACUCUUUAUUAUGACUAAUUAAUCGUACUACUUAGCUUGAUCAUCUCCAUCGCGAUCGCCAUCCCGGCCCUAGAGAGGAGAUGUUGAGAUAUUCAUCUUUAUUUGUCUUCAUUUUGAUUUCUAUCACAAAUCUAGUGGUUCGUGCAAGUCCUCUAGUACCAUGCUUCUUCAUCUUUGGUGAUUCGUUAUCGGAUCCCGGCAACAAUAAUCCCUUAAAGACCAAAGCCAAAGCAAAUUAUCAUCCUUAUGGAAUUGAUUUUCCGACUGGAAAACCCACUGGACGCUUUACCAAUGGACAAACUGCCAUUGAUGUAAUUGGCCAGAAGUUAGGAUUCCACCGUCACAUUCCACCGUUUAGCGCAACAAAGGGACAUGAUAUACGAAUUGGUGUUAAUUAUGCAUCUGGCGCGGCUGGUAUUCGUCCAGAAACUGGUCGACAUUUGGGUGAGAUAGUAACUCUGGACAUGCAGCUUAGACAUCACAAAAGAAUAAUCUCAAAAUUGAAUGCAAUGGUAAAUGGAUCAGCUCAUGGGUAUUUAAAACAAUGUUUGUACACGAUCAACAUAGGCAGCAAUGACUACAUCAACAACUACUACGGACCGGCAGGACAAUACAAAACUAGCCGUAAAUACACCGUCGAUACAUAUGCUGCUUCUCUCACUCGUUCCUACCAACAAGCUCUACGGAUGUUGUAUGAAAAUGGUGCAAGAAAGGUUGCGGUGUUUGGAUUGGGACUCAUAGGGUGCUCCCCAGGUUCAGUAACUCGACAUCGUCCUACUACACCUUGUGUGGAUAAAAUGAACACUGCUGUUUCUUUCUUUAAUGCUAAGCUUAGGACGUUUGUGGCGGAGCUUAACCACAAACACCAUGAUGCUAAGUUUACUUACAUAAACCUUCAAGGAAUGGCCGGCCAUCCAAAAGACGGAAUCACGGUGAUAAAUAAACCGUGUUGCAAAUCAUUAAGGGAUGAUUUUCAGUGCAAAGAGUCUUCAACAAUAUGCAAAGAUAGAAAUGCAUAUUAUUUUUGGGAUGGGUAUCAUCCAACUGCAAAUGCGCAUAGCAUUUUAGGUUCAAGAGCUUUCAAGAAAACAAGCCAUCAUGAAGCAAUUCCGUUUGACAUCCAAACCCUUGUUAAAUUUAGGUUGUAAUUAAAAGAUGUUUAAUUAGUUUUAGUUUCUCUUUUUAGUUAUAUAUUAGAUCCCAGGUUUUGGAUUCUUACUCAAUAAGAUUAUGUACCAUGUAAGACAGUGUAGGCAUCUGAUAUAUGCCUAGCUUUUGGAUCUAUGAAUGUGAAUGGCGUGAGAUUAAUUAGUUUUUCA